CAAUCUGCUUGGUUCUUUGCGUCCAGCGCAGCUCCCGACGGCCAACCUGAGCCGAGACCGUCUGUCCAAUACUGCCCUUUGUAGCACCCCUAUCCAUUAGGGUCUCCGCAGUACUGUCCCAGGGGCAGCUGGCGGCCAUGCCCACUGUCUGCCUCCUCCUACUGUUCUCCCUCACUGUGGAUGGGGGCCUGGGCAGCACCAGGGCCUUCCGUGCCUUUGCUGUGACAGACACCACGCUCACCCACCUGGCUGUGCAUCGAGUGACGGGGGAGGUGUUUGUAGGUGCUGUGAACCGAGUCUUCAAGCUUGCUUCUAAUCUGACUGAGCUGCGGGCCCAUGUCACUGGGCCCGUUGAGGACAAUGCUCGCUGCUACCCGCCACCCAGCAUGCGCGCGUGUGCCCAUCGCUUGGCCCCUGCAGACAACGUGAAUAAGCUGCUGCUCAUCGACUAUGCCGCACGCCGCCUGGUAGCCUGUGGCAGCGUGUGGCAGGGCAUCUGCCAGUUCCUGCGUCUGGACGACCUUUUCAAGCUGGGUGAGCCACACCACCGCAAGGAGCACUACCUGUCGGGGGCCCAGGAGCCCGACUCCAUGGCUGGCGUCAUCGUGGAGCAGGGCCAGGGGCCCAGCAAACUGUUCGUGGGUACUGCAGUCGAUGGCAAGUCAGAGUACUUCCCUACGCUCAGCUCCCGCAAGCUCAUUGGCAAUGAGCACGGUGCCGACAUGUUCAGUCUGGUGUACCAGGACGAAUUUGUGUCCUCUCAGAUCAAGAUCCCCUCGGACACGCUGUCCUUGUACCCUGCCUUCGACAUCUACUACGUCUACGGCUUCGCCAGCGCCCCCUUCGUAUACUUCCUGACAUUGCAGCUCGACACCCAGCAGACGCUGCUGGAUGCAGCAGGCGAGAAAUUCUUCACGUCCAAGAUCGUACGCAUGUGCGCAGGGGACUCAGAGUUCUACUCGUAUGUGGAAUUCCCCAUCGGCUGCUCCUGGCAUGGCGUGGAGUACCGCUUGGUGCAGAGUGCCCACCUGGCCAAGCCCGGCCUGCUGCUGGCCCAGGCCCUGGGCAUCCCAGCUGACGAGGACGUCCUCUUCACCGUCUUCUCUCAGGGCCAGAAGAACCGGGCCAGCCCGCCCCGCCAGACCAUCCUCUGUCUCUUUACCCUCAGCAACAUCAAUGCACACAUCCGACGUCGCAUCCAGUCGUGCUACCGCGGGGAGGGCACGUUGGCCCUGCCCUGGCUGCUCAACAAGGAGAUGCCCUGCAUCAACACACCCAUGCAGAUCAACGGCAACUUUUGUGGGCUGGUGUUGAAUCAGCCUCUGGGUGGCCUGCACGUGAUCGAGGGGCUGCCCCUCCUGGCCGACAGCACUGAUGGCAUGGCUAGCGUGGCUGCCUACACCUACCACCAGCACUCUGUGGUGUUCAUCGGCACACGCAGCGGCCGGCUCAAGAAGGUGCGGGUCGACGGCUCCCAGGACGCCCAUCUGUAUGAGACAGUGCCUGUGGUGGAUGGCAGCCCCAUCCUACGAGACUUGCUGUUCAGCCCUGACUAUCGGCAUAUCUACCUCCUGAGUGAGAAGCAGGUGAGCCAGCUCCCAGUGGAGACGUGCGAGCAGUAUGUGAGCUGUGAGGCCUGCCUGGGCGCAGGGGACCCACACUGCGGCUGGUGUGUACUACAGCACCGGUGCUGUCGUGAGGGGGCCUGUCCAGGCGCCUCUUCACCACAUGGCUUUGUGGAGGAGCUGAGUAAGUGUGUUCAGGUGCGUGUCCGGCCCAACAACGUGUCAGUAACGUCACCUGGGGUGCAGCUGACUGUAGCCAUGCGCAACGUGCCAGACCUCAGUGCAGGCGUGCGCUGUACCUUCGAGGAAGUGGCAGAGAGUGAGGCCGUCCUGCUGCCCUCUGGGGAGCUACGCUGCCCCUCCCCCUCUCUCCAGGAGCUCCAGGCACUUACGAGGGGGCAUGGGGCCACGCGCACUGUGCGCCUGCAGCUGCUCUCCAAGGAGACGGGCGUGAGGUUCGCUGGGGCUGACUUUAUCUUCUACAACUGCAGUGUCUUGCAGUCGUGCAUGUCAUGUGUUGGCAGCGCUUAUCCCUGCCACUGGUGUAAGUACCGCCACGUGUGUACCAGCCACCCCCACGAGUGCUCCUUCCAGGAGGGCAGGGUCCACAGCCCUGAGGGCUGCCCUGAGCUCCUGCCCAGCGGGGACCUGCUGAUCCCAGUCGGCGUCAUGCAGCCCCUUACGCUGCGGGCCAAGAACCUGCCCCAGCCGCAGUCGGGCCAGAAGAACUAUGAGUGUGUAGUGCGCGUGCAGGGGCAGCAGCAGCGGGUGCCUGCCGUGCGUUUCAACAGCAGCAGCGUGCAGUGCCAGAAUGCCUCGUACUCCUAUGAAGGCGAUGAGUAUGGCCACUCUGAGCUGGACUUCUCCGUAGUCUGGGAUGGGGAUUUCCCCAUUGACAAGCCUCCCGGCUUCCGAGCACUCCUGUACAAAUGCUGGGCCCAACGGCCCAGCUGCGGCCUCUGCCUCAAGGCUGAUCCCCGCUUCAAUUGUGGCUGGUGCAUCUCGGAGCACAAGUGCCAACUGCGAGCCCACUGCCCGACUCCCAAGACCAACUGGAUGCACCCGAGCCAGAAGGGUGCCCGGUGUAGCCAUCCCCGCAUUGCCCAGAUCCACCCGCUCAUGGGGCCGAAGGAAGGAGGCACUCGGGUCACCAUCGUGGGCGAGAACCUGGGCCUUGCCUCUCGGGAGGUGGGCCUGCGGGUGGCUGGCGUGCGCUGCAACUCCAUCCCCGCCGAGUAUGUCAGUGCCGAGAGGAUCGUGUGUGAGAUGGAGGAGUCCCUGGUGCCCAGCCCACCACCCGGGCCUGCUGAGCUGUGUGUGGGUGACUGCUCUGUGGACUUCCGCACCCAGUCUGAGCAGCUCUACAGCUUCGUGACACCGACCUUUGACCGCGUGAGUCCCAGUCGGGGUCCAGCUUCGGGGGGCACACGCCUCACCAUCUCUGGCAGCUCUCUGAAUGCUGGCAGCAGAGUCACAGUGACUGUGAGAGACGGCGAGUGCCAGUUUGUGAGGAGAGAUGCCGAGGCGAUCGUGUGCAUCUCACCCGGCUCUGCACUAGGUCCCAGCCAGGCCCCCAUCACGCUUGCCAUCGACCGUGCCAAUAUCUCUAGCCCCGGAGUCAUGUACACCUACACCCAGGAUCCCACGGUCACCCGGCUGGAGCCGACUUGGAGCAUCAUCAAUGGCAGCACUGCGAUCACAGUGAGUGGCACUCACCUGCUGACAGUCCAGGAGCCCCGGGUCCGGGCCAAGUACCGGGGCAUUGAGACCACCAACACGUGCCAGGUGAUUAAUGACACUGCCAUGCUGUGUAAAGCCCCCGGCAUCUUCCCGGGGCAGCCCCAGCCACGGGCCCAAGGGGAGCACCCUGAUGAAUUUGGCUUCGUGCUGGACCACGUGCAGACAGCCCGCUCCCUCAACCGCUCAGCCUUCACCUACUAUCCGGACCCCAGCUUUGAGCCCCUGGCGCCCUCUGGUGUCCUGGACGUCAAACCUGGCUCCCACGUGGUGCUCAAGGGCAAGAAUCUGAUCCCUGCUGCGGCUGGCAGCUCACGCCUCAACUACACAGUGCUGAUUGGAGGCCAGCCAUGUGCACUCACCGUGUCAGACACACAACUGCUAUGUGACUCGCCCAGUCAGACCGGCCGGCAACCUGUCAUGGUGCUGGUAGGUGGCCUGGAGUUCUGGCUAGGCACCCUGCACAUCACAGCCGAGCGGGCCCUCACCCUGCCAGCCACGGUGGGGUUGGCAGCAGGGGGUGGCUUCUUGCUGCUGGCUAUCACCGCUGUGUUGGUGGCGUACAAGCGCAAGACUCAGGAUGCUGAUCGCACACUCAAACGGCUGCAGCUACAGAUGGACAACCUGGAGUGUCGUGUGGCCCUGGAGUGCAAGGAAGCCUUUGCAGAGCUGCAGACAGACAUCAACGAGCUGACCAACCACAUGGAUGGGGUGCAGAUCCCAUUCCUGGACUACAGGACCUAUGCCGUGCGUGUGCUGUUCCCGGGCAUUGAGGCCCACCCUGUGCUCAGGGAGCUGGAUGUAAGUCCCCCUGGCCCACCCACGCCCUGUCCCCCGGAGGCCACUGCCCCACCUCCUGACACUCGCUACUCCCAACAGACUCCCCCCAAUGUGGAGAAGGCCCUGCGCCUUUUUGGCCAGCUGCUGCACAGCCGCGCCUUCGUUCUCACCUUCAUUCACACACUCGAGGCUCAGAGCAGCUUCUCAAUGCGUGACCGUGGCACCGUAGCCUCACUCACCAUGGUGGCCCUGCAGAGCCGCCUUGAUUAUGCCACAGGGCUGCUCAAGCAGCUGCUGGCUGACCUCAUAGAGAAAAACCUGGAGAGCAAGAACCACCCGAAGCUGCUAUUGCGCAGGACGGAGUCGGUAGCCGAGAAGAUGCUUACUAACUGGUUCACGUUCCUGCUGCAUAAAUUCCUGAAGGAGUGUGCAGGGGAGCCCCUCUUCCUGCUGUACUGCGCCAUCAAGCAGCAGAUGGAGAAGGGCCCCAUUGACGCCAUCACGGGCGAAGCGCGCUACUCCCUCAGCGAGGACAAGCUCAUCCGGCAGCAGAUCGACUACAAGACGCUGACUCUGCACUGUGUGUGCCCGGAGAGUGAAGGUAGUGCCCAGGUGCCAGUGAAGGUGCUCAACUGCGACAGCAUCACCCAGGCCAAGGACAAGCUGCUGGAUACUGUGUACAAGGGCAUCCCGUACUCGCAGCGUCCCAAAGCGGAGGACAUGGACCUGGAGUGGCGCCAGGGCCGCAUGGCCCGCAUCAUCCUCCAGGACGAAGAUGUCACGACCAAGAUCGAGUGUGACUGGAAGAGGGUCAACUCCCUAGCUCACUACCAGGUGACAGAUGGUUCCUUGGUGGCACUGGUGCCCAAACAAGUGUCUGCUUAUAACAUGGCCAAUUCCUUCACCUUCACACGCUCCCUCAGCCGCUAUGAGAGUUUACUCCGCACUGCCAGCAGCCCCGAUAGUCUCCGCUCGCGGGCACCUAUGAUUACACCUGACCAGGAGACAGGCACCAAGCUGUGGCACCUGGUGAAAAACCAUGACCAUGCUGACCACCGGGAAGGGGACCGUGGCAGCAAGAUGGUCUCUGAGAUCUACCUGACACGCCUGCUGGCUACCAAGGGCACGUUGCAGAAGUUUGUGGAUGAUCUCUUUGAGACAGUGUUCAGCACAGCCCACCGGGGCUCGGCCUUGCCCUUGGCCAUCAAGUACAUGUUUGAUUUUCUGGACGAGCAGGCGGACCAGCGGCAGAUCAGUGACCCUGAUGUGCGCCACACGUGGAAGAGCAACUGCUUGCCCUUGCGCUUCUGGGUGAAUGUGAUCAAGAACCCGCAGUUUGUGUUUGACAUCCACAAGAGCAGCAUCACAGAUGCCUGCCUGUCAGUGGUGGCCCAGACCUUCAUGGACUCCUGCUCCACAUCUGAGCACCGCCUGGGCAAGGACUCGCCCUCCAACAAGCUCCUCUAUGCCAAGGACAUCCCCAACUACAAGAGCUGGGUGGAGAGGUACUAUCGGGACAUUUCCAAGAUGGCAUCCAUCAGUGACCAGGACAUGGACGCCUACCUUGUGGAGCAGUCCCGCCUUCAUGCCAGUGACUUCAAUGUCCUUAGUGCACUCAGUGAGCUCUACUUCUAUGUCACCAAGUAUCGCCAGGAGAUCCUCACCGCGCUGGACCGAGACGCCUUGUGUCGCAAGCACAGGCUGCGCCACAAGCUGGAGCACAUCAUCAGCCUCGUGUCUGGCGACAGCUAAGAACGACCGACGUGGUGCCGAGGGGGCUUGUCUCGGGGACCGUCCUGCAGGCAUGUGGGGUGGGUGCUCCCUGCACUGUUCCCAGGCUGAGUCCCAGGUCAGGUGUCGUUGGGGAGGGUACCGGACCACGUGUCCAUGAGCACCCCGGGACCCCUUCGUUAGUGCCUUGCUCUGGGCCCUGUGGGAGGAUGGGGUACCGGGCUGAGUGCCCCCGUCCAGCAGCAGCAAUACCCCUACCCUCCAGCCAUGGCACCCUGGGGGUGGAUGCCCCGCCCCCUUGCUAUUUAUGCCCUACUGCCUAUUUAUUGCAUUGAACCUGCCCUCACUGUGUCCCUCUGUGAAAAUGUGCCCCGGGGGAUGUUGCCAGUGUCACUUACCUUCUGCCCUUGAGUUGUCCUGGGCCUGCCGCUUGUGCUGGCUCCUCUGUGACAGUGCUGGCCUGGGCCCACUCUCUAACCAUUGCCCCUGGCCGCGGCCAGCUGCAAGUGUGCUGAGCAGCAGAGGCCCGGGGUGGGCUUAGGGGAGGCGGUGC